AUGGAAACAACCAGUCUCCUGUCUUUCCCCUCCUCGAAGCCUCCUUCUUCCCAAAUCCUAACACGAAUCCAUUUUCGCCUUGCAAACCCAUUUUCCCUUUCCUUCCCCACAACCCACAAAAUCUGCAUUUCACACAGACCCAUCACCAUCAAAUCCGCAAUUUCCCGCACCAAAAAAGAAGAAACAGUAGAAACAGUCAAAACGCAGCUCGAAAAUUGCUACCUCUUAGCAGCCAUAAAAUACACAGGCUUCACAGUCAAACAAUUUCAAGACUUGAGAAGAUCAUUACCUGCAUCGUCAAAACUCAUUGUAGCUAAAAACACUUUGGUUUAUAAGGCCAUUGAAGGUACUCCUUGGGAAGCUUUACAACCUUGUAUGACAGGAAUGAAUGCUUGGCUUUUUGUCCAUACUGAAGAAAUACCUGAAGCUUUAAAGCCUUAUAGAGAUUUUCAGAAGGCAAAAAAGUUAGAGAAUGAUUUUACUGGGGCUGUUUUUGAAGGAAAGUUUUAUGGACCUGGUGAAUUUAAGCAACUCGAAACUAUGCCAUCUCGAGCUGAGAUUUAUGCUAAGAUUUUAGGGGCUUUACAGGGUCCUGCUCUUGGAUUGGUGGGUACUUUACAGGCGCCAGCGAGGGAUGUUGUUAUGGUUUUGAAGGCUUAUGUGCAGAAGCUGGAGGAGGAGAGUGGUGGCCAAUAG